ACUUCGAUCAGUUUACUCAAGCCUACAAGAGUGCUUCCAAUUAAGGAAAAAAGCAAAUCUGUGAAAAGAACUAUUGCACAAUUUUCAUGCUAAAUAAAGUUAUAUAGCUAAAACUCGACAAAAGAUCAUCGCUAAGAUAACGAGUAAAUACCAAGGGCUGGAAGGCAACACAGCAAAAGGGCUACUGAAACAAUGGAAGUGCUUCUGUACGGAUCUAUUGGCAUUAGUGCCAUUUUCCUGACUUUCGUAAUUGUCAUUACACUGCAUUUACUCACAGUUUACAUGCGCACAUGGAAAAAGAUGAGGCCAGUUCCUGGCAUCGGUCCUUGUUAUCCUUUUGUCGGCAAUGCUUUACAGUUUAAGGCCAGUGGACAAGAGUUCUUCGACCAGGUGAUUCAGUAUACAGCAGAAUUUAGGAAGGAGCCUUUAUUGAAGAUUUGGGCUGGUCCACUCCCUUUUGUGGUGUUAUUUCAUGCAGACACUGUGGAGGCAGUCCUGAAUAGUUCCAGACAUAUGGAUAAAUCAUUUCUGUAUCGGUUCCUGCAACCCUGGUUGGGGACUGGUCUGCUGACAAGCACUGGGGAAAAAUGGCGAACAAGAAGAAAAAUGAUAACACCAACAUUUCACUUUAAAAUAUUGAUGGAUUUUCUGGAGGUGAUGAAUGAACAAGCAAAAAUAUUGGUGGAGAAGCUGGAGAAGAAGGCAGACAAAGAGGCCUUUAACUGCUUUAGCGACAUCACCUUGUGUGCACUGGACAUUAUUUGUGAGACUGCCAUGGGAAGAAAGAUUCAUGCACAAAGCAAUGAAGAUUCCGAGUAUGUGAAAGCAGUGUACAGAAUGGGAGAGCUCAUUCAUCGCAGACAGAAGGUUCCCUGGAUGUGGCCUGACUUUAUCUAUUUCUCCACCGCUGAAGGAAAACAGCAUAAAAAUAAUCUCAAAAUCCUACAUUCUUUUACAGACAGUGUGAUAAAGGAGAGGACCAGAAUGAUGGCACGCUCCACAGAACUUUCCCUGGUCCCUGAAGAUGAAAAUGGCUCAGAGAAGUCUAGUAAGAGAAAAGCAUUCCUUGAUAUGCUUCUCACUGCAAAAUAUGAUGAUGGAAACUUGCUUAAACAUGAGGAAAUUAGGGAAGAAGUAGACACUUUCAUGUUUGAGGGACAUGAUACAACUGCUGCAGCCAUAAACUGGUCACUGCAUCUUUUAGCAUCCCAUCCUGAGAUUCAGCAGAAAGUUCACAGUGAAUUAGAUGAGGUUUUUGGUGAAUUGGACCGACCACCUACAAUGGAAGAUCUGAAAAAUUUACAGUUUCUUGACUGUGUUAUCAAGGAAUCUUUGCGACUGUUUCCUUCUGUGCCUAUGUUUGCUCGUACUUUACGUGAUGGCUGCAAUAUUAGAGGUUAUAAUAUUCCCAAAGGUGUAAAUGCAGUCAUCAUACCAUAUGCCUUACACAGAGAUCCAGAACAUUUUCCAGAUCCUGAGGAAUUCAAGCCUGAGCGAUUCCUGUCUGAGAACAGUAGUGGACGCCACCCCUAUGCCUUUAUUCCAUUCUCAGCAGGGCUCAGAAAUUGCAUUGGUUUCUUCCUAUAGAUGGCGCCAUAGUACCAGUUUCAAUGU